AUGGCGCCGACAACCCGCAACAAUCUCCGUGUCGGUCUCAACAAGGGCCGCUCGGUCACCGCCAUUCCAAAAGUCGCCCGCCCAGCACACCGCAAGGGCAAGCUCUCGGAGCGCAACAAGUUUGUCCGAUCUGUCGUCAGAGAGGUCGUUGGAUUCUCGCCAUACGAGAGGAGAGAUAAGAAGGCACGAAAACUUACCAAGAAGAGACUGGGCACGCUCCUCAGAUCGAAGCGAAAGGUAGAAGAGCUGCAAACGAUUAUCCAAGAGACGAGGAAGCACUAA